AUGGCGAAGGCUUCAAAGGUUUGUACCCUUGUUCUCAGGCUGCUGGCAUUUGCGGCGACUGCCACUGCCAAUGAGACCACCGCAUUCUUAAAUAUCACUCUGGAAGCCAAGUUUCAGUAUACUCCAGCUUUCAAAUUCUUUGUGGUUGCCAAUGCUAUUGGAGCUGUUUACAGCUUCUGCACUCUCUUUAUCCCUCCAACUAAUUACCUCUCGAGAUUAGUUCUAGCCUCUGACAUGGUCAUCACUUUGCUGCUAACUGCUUCUGUAUAAGUUGGAAAGAAAGGCAAUCGACAUUCAGGGUGGCUGCCAAUCUGUGGCCAGAUGGAAAACUUCUGUCAUCAAGUUAUGGGAUCGAUGAUUUGUGGAUUUGUCGGUGUUGUGAUUUACUUGAUCAUCUUGCUUCACACAAUUCACAAAUUACAUAUUCUACUAUACUGAAAGAAAGAAAAGCAAGUCUGCAGGCUUAGCUUUCUCCAAUUCUCAUUGAAUAUGUAAACAAUGCUACUAUCAAUGUCUAUGUUAAUGAAAUUUUAUUGUUAAUGAGAAAGUGUACUUGUUAUUA